CUUCACUGAAGAACCUCACUAAAGUAGAAGCACUCGAACUAUGCUUCCUGGCUUCUCUAGCCUAAUUCUCACUUAGUUAAUUAUACGAAUACUAUACGCGAAUAUACUAUACUAUAUAAUUGUAACAAGACUCCAAGUUACUACCACAAUGUCAGACCAAUCGCAAUCCGCAUGUCCGGUCGACCAUAAAAGUAGAGAGGCAUGGCUCCAACAAGCCCGAGCCGCCGGCGUCACGGAGGGAGGACCAUCUAUACCAUCGCAAUCCCUACCACCAGACCAUCCGUCCAUUCCGAGUACCGGUUCGAAAGAGAACAUAGAAAGCUGUCCCGUAGACCACAAGGCGCGCGACGCAUGGCUACAACAAGCCGCCCGAGCAGCUCCCCCACCUCCUCCGCCCUCCCAACAACAACAACAACAACAACAACAACAACAACCACCACCGACCUCGUCCUCAUGGACAUCCUAUCUCCCACGCAUACCAUUCCUCUCCUCUUCCUCGCCCACACGCCCCCAACAAGCCACAUUACCACCAAACCACCCCUCCCUAGACACAUCCCGAGAAAUCUCCACGAUACCCCGGUCCUCGAAACCCCUCGACACCGAGACCGCGCGCCCCGCCAACACAGAGCAAGAGACCGGCGCAGACGCCACGUCGGGGAACUGGGUGUAUCCCUCUGAGCGCAUGUUCUUCGAGGCCAUGAAGCGCAAGGGCCACGACCCGCAAGCCGCGGAUAUGCGUGCCGUGGUGCCGAUUCACAACGCGGUCAACGAGCGCGCGUGGGCGGAGAUCAAGGCUUGGGAGGAGCCGUAUGUGAGGGGUUCUACCUGCGGUGGUCCACGGUUACACUCUUUCUCCGGUCUAAGCACCCAGAUGUCCCCCCGUGCCCGCAUAAAUACCCUACUAGGCUACCAGGCCCCCUUUGAUCGACACGACUGGGUUGUGGAUAGAUGUGGUAAGGAGAUCGAGUACAUUAUCGAUUUCUACGCUGGACGAAAUAGCAAGACCAGCGAUGGAAGAUUGUCCUUCUAUCUAGAUGUGCGGCCCAAACUAAACUCUUGGGAAGGUGUCAAGAUGCGAGCUAUGCGAGCUACUGGCCUGGCAUAGAGGGAAUAGUUGUGAGUGUUACCUGUAUAGAUACUAAUGUAUUAUAAGACAUGAGUGAAGAAUCAUCGUAUAGGUAUGAUAGCAUGGCGCCCAGGUUGGUUAUAGAAAGGAUCGCCAUUCAUAUACAAUAUUCACAUGCACUAUACCAUAUUG